GUAUCGUUUAGUUCCAUUCUUAUAAUCAUGCAUAAACAGAGUGCCUAUAUUACAUCGAUGUAAUAUGACACUAUAAUGCUAAUAUAUAUGUAUAUUGUAUAUAAUAUAUGAGAGUGUGUGUAUGUGUGUAACAAAUUGUAAUAAAAUCGUUUUUCCAUUUAUUGAUUAAUCUAAUGUCAGUUGAAUGAACGUUACUUCCGAUUAAACUAUCUUCAUUAUUAAAGUAAACAAAAUGGCUAUCACAGUAACGUUUAAAAAAAAAAAUAUUUCGAAUUAACCAGCCAACAGCGAAAAUAAAAUAUUUCUAGGAUUCCAAAAUCAAUAAUUAAUGUCUGAUGAAAAUAAAAAUAAUGUAUAAUAAUUUUAUGUUUUUACUUAAAAGUAAAAGAAUUCACGAGAUUGCCACAAUGAUCGAGAACUCAAUGAUGAAGACAUGAAAAUACUGUAUUUGACUUAAUUUUUAUUAUAAGACUUAUAUAGUGUUAAAUAAAACUAUACAUCAGAUCUUCUCAUGAAAUUUUAGUGGAUUUUUAGUAUAUCAAAUCAAACAAAAAUAUGACUAGUGUAAAUUUGAAAAAUUUCAUUAAUGAAACGCAGCAUCAAUUUUUAAACUUAUUAAAUCAAGAAUUGAAAUUCGAUAAAAAAGUCGAUUCGUGGAUGCUUAUGAGUACACCAUGGCCAGUUUUAUCAAUUCUAAUAGCUUAUUUGUUAUUUGUGCUAAAAUUAGGCCCAAAGAUGAUGGAAAAUCGUGAACCAUUUAAAAUAAAACGUAUUAUGAUGGUUUAUAAUAUUGUACAAACCAUUUAUAACAUUUUCAUUGUAUCAGAGGUAUUUAUUACACCAGGAAUAUACACAUAUUUAAUGUUCAAUAUAUGUAAUCCAGAUGAAAGUGAAAGUAAUAGUCUUGUUAUAAAUACGUUCUAUACACAGUCGUGGCAUUUCGUUUUAUCAAAAAUAUUUGAUCUUUUAGAUACUGUAUUUUUUGUGUUGAGGAAAAAGCAAUCUCAUGUUUCAUUUUUACACGUUUAUCAUCAUGUAAAUAUGGUCGUCACUACUUGGACAUUUUUAAGAUUUAUUAAAGGUCAACAAGGAGCUCUUUGUGGUCUUCUUAACGCACUCAUACAUUCAAUAAUGUACAGCUAUUAUUUCCUAUCUGCUCUUGGUCCGCAAAUGCAAAAAUAUUUAUGGUGGAAAAAAUACUUAACCCGUUUACAAAUUAUUCAAUUCAUAUUAGGUCUUGUCUACGGUAUAAGCCUCUUUAUUUACGAUUGUAAAUUUCCGAGACUGUUCACUAUUUACAUGAUAUUCGACGUACUUUUAUUUUUGUAUUUGUUUUUAAUAUUUUACAAAAAAACGUACAAAGAGAAAAAUACCUAAGUCUCAAUAAACUCGAAAGACGACGUACAACACUUGUAUUAAGUUGUGUAUAAUAAGCAUUGUCUAUAAACCUAUAAUAUGUAUAUAAUAUAUACAUAUUUAUUAUUUA